CGGAUAAUUAUGCCGUAAAGGAAGGAAUCGAUCACUUUUGCUUAUAUCUUUUUCUUUUUCUCCUUUUUCACUCCUAAUAUCCUCUCUUAUCUCGCUGGCAGCCUGCCUCGGUCAUAGCUUUCGGCGCGAAUCCCGACUCCAAUUUGGGACCGUUGGAGACGAUGAUUAAUUAAAGCUUCUCUCUCCACAUCUUCUUUAUAGGAGUCUUUUCUCUUCCUGACCAUAAACACUCUGCUGCGAUUUGUAUUGACUUCAGGGCACACGAUAAUCUUGGACGAUAACCGCAAGCAUGUCAAGCACACAGGGGACUGAGUCCCCCCCCCGCAAUAACAUCAACAACGGCAGCAAGGAAAAAAAUCCCGAGGAUACACUUUCCCCAAGCUCGCACCCGCAACGGCGCCAAGACAGCAGCAACGACACCCCAAUUCCAGAACGGGAAAAAGAUUCCAGCGAAGACACCACUAUCAACGCGACAAAGGAAUCAUCGUUCACUGAAAACGAAAAUGAAAAGGACGGCGACGGCGAUGGCGGUGGUGAAGGAAAUACCAUGUUUGCGCCCAUCAAAAGCAGCGACGAAAACCGUUUGCAGGCGAGUAGGUCUAUUGAGCGCAGUUGGUCGCUGAAUGAUGGGUAUAGCGUGCAUACGGGCGAUGAGCAGUCUGGGGAGAAGGUCGAUGAGGAAGCUGGGGUUACUGGGGGUGGGGAGGUGCCGGAGUUUGUGGUGGGUUGGGAUGAGAACGAUCCUAUGAAUCCGAGGAAUAUGAACACGGGGAGACGAUGGUUGAUUGUGAUUAUUUGUUCGUUGGGCUCACUUUGCGUGACUUGUACGUCGUCGAUGUACACCGUGACUUAUGAUCAGAUCAUGCAAGAGUUUGAUAGCUCGCAUAUCGUGGUGACGCUGGGAUUGUCCUUCUUCAUCUGGGGGCUUGCGGUUGGACCUCUUUUCCUGGGCCCUCUAUCAGAGUUCUAUGGCCGGAGAUACAUCUAUAUCAUUUCCUUCGCCUUCUUCUUGAUCUGGCUGAUCCCCUGUGCAGUGGCGCAGAACGUCCAAACCAUGAUCAUCUGCCGUUUCUUCAAUGGUAUUGCCGGUAGUGCAUUUCUGAGUGUCGCCGGCGGCACUGUUGGUGACCUGUUCAAUCGUCACGAACUCAGUGCUCCCAUGAUGGUUUAUACCAGUUCGCCGUUUAUUGGUCCUGAGGUUGGCCCUCUGGUUGGGGGAUUCAUCAAUGAAUACACGACAUGGCGCUGGACUUUCUAUGUCCUUCUGAUCUGGUCAGGUUUCAUGCUGAUUUCCAUUAUCACAUUUGUCCCGGAAACCUACCAUCCGGUGCUCUUAAGACGCAAGGCCCGAAAGCUCCGCAAAGAAACCGGAGACGACCGAUGGCAUGCUCCCAUCGAGAAAUUGAAGCGUUCAGUAGCGCAGACAGUUAUGCGAUCCUGCUACCGGCCCAUCCUUCUCCUCGCCCUUGAACCCAUGUGUCUGAAUCUUUGCAUCUUUUCUGGGAUCCUGCUGGGUAUUCUGUACCUGUUCUUCGGAGCGUUCCAGCUGGUUUUUGGCAACGUGUAUGACUUUUCGCUAUGGCAACGUGGACUCUGCUUCCUUGGUCUUUUUGUGGGAAUGGUAUUUGCCAUUCUGUCUGAUCCGCUAUGGCGUCGGCUGUAUGCUCGUUUGGAGAAGAAUCAUGAGAAUACGGUCAAAAAGGUGGAUGAUUUCCAGCCUGAAUGGCGACUUCCUCCAGCGAUCGCUGGCGGUCCUCUUGUCACCAUUGGCCUGUUCAUGUUCGCAUGGACGAUCUAUCCUUCUGUACAUUGGAUUGUCCCAAUCAUUGGCAGCGCGUUCUUUGGAGCGGGAACCAUUCUCGUGUACUCGGGCGUCUUCACGUUCCUGGUCGACGCGUAUCCAACCUAUGCCGCGAGUGCCUUGGCAGCGAACGGGUUUACUCGGUCGACUUUUGCCGGAGUGUUUCCUCUAUUCGGAACGCAGAUGUACAACAAUUUGAAUUAUCACUGGGCGACGUCUUUGCUGGCGUUUUUGACGCUUCUCAUGACUCCGUUUCCAUUCCUAUUUUUUCGAUACGGCGCUCGCAUUCGGAAGAAGAGCCGAUUCGCUACACGGUGAUCUGUACGUACGGAUUACCAGUAUCAUUUACGAAGUAGUACGGAGUACAGGGUACAUAAUACUUGGACUGAUAUCCUCGAGUCUAUUGCUCUAAAUACAUGUACAUAUAUUGACUUACACUUGCCCCCGGCUUAUGACAAACAUAAUACGAACAAAAGUUACUGGGUAUUGCCUAACUGGC